UCAGCUUCGGACGUAGCGAGAUCGCAGGCGGCUAUCGAGGGCGGCCACGUUUGUUUUUUUUUUCUCAUACCAACGCCACGUCGUACGCGAUCCGGUUGGCCGCGGGAAUGUUCCCGUUGUUUUGUGUGUUAUGAGGUUGCGCGUUUAGACGUUUAUCGGACAGGGGCGGCGAGAUGGGGUGGUUUUUCUCACGGACCUGUACGGCCGUAGUUUUGACAGUGAGUGCCUGGUGGACAUUCGGGAUGGGGGCGGACACGACGAGGCUCACGCCGGGUUCAGGCGAUCCGGGAGGGGCCGUCUGCCCUCAGGGCUUCUUCCGGUGCCCGGAGGGCAAGUGCAUACCGUCGCUGUGGGUGUGCAACUACCAGAAAGACUGCGACAAGGGCGAGGACGAGUUCCAGCAGUGCGCGCCCCCCGAUUGCGAGCCGGGGCAGCUCACGUGCCGCCAGUACAUAUUCAACAAGACCUACUGCAUACCGCCCCACUACCGAUGCGACAUGAACGUCGACUGCAUCGACGGUUCCGACGAGUCCGAGUGCACGUAUCGGAAAUGUCAACCGGACGAUUUUCACUGCGGCCCGAAGCCCUCCGACCCCUGCAUCCCCAAAGAGAAAAAGUGCGACGGCUAUCUCGACUGUCGCUCCGGCAAGGACGAGCAGAGCUGUCCGGGGGUGUCGUGCCGUCUCGAUCAGUUCCGGUGCGCCAACGGCCUCAAGUGCCUCGACUCCGCCCUGAAGUGCGACCACAAGAACGACUGCGGCGACAAUUCCGACGAAUUGGGUUGCAACUUCCCCGUCUGCCACGGCGUCCAGUUCAGGUGUUCCAACGCGUUGUGCAUACCGGGGGCGUUCCGCUGCGACGGCUACCGGGACUGUUCCGACGGUACCGACGAGGAGAACUGCACUGCGAUCGCGUGUCCCGAUAACAAGUUCCUCUGCCCGAAGGGCUCCGCCCAGGGCGGCUACAAGUGCAUACCCAAGUCGAAACUGUGCGACGGCAAGUCGGACUGCGCGGACAACGCCGACGAGGAAGCCGCAUGCUCGAAGCUGUCGUGUCCGUCGCUUGGCUGCGAGUACAAAUGCCAAGCCUCGUUGACGGGUGGUUCCUGCGCGUGUCCGGACGGUAAAGUGUUGGCGGGCGACAACAGGACCUGCUCGGACCGCAACGAGUGCGAGGAGUGGGGCUUCUGCGACCAGCUCUGCGCCAACACGAACGGCAGCUAUACCUGCUCGUGCGCACCCGGUUACCGGCCGUCGAAGCAGUCCGCGGGCAGAUGCGCGGCCGACGACCCCGCCACGCUCUACUUCGCACACGAAAAGUCGAUAUUCAUGAUGAACCCGUCCGGCAGCAACGUGAAGGUGGUGGUGAACACGACGGGCGCGAGUGGCCUCGACUUCCACCACAACCGCAACGUCCUGUUCUGGUCGGACACGAAAACUAAAAGGAUCCACGCGCAGCAACUCAAAGGGUACUCCGCGUUCGGCAGUUUCUCCGACGACAUCGUGCUUCCCGGCACGUGGAUGCCGGUCGCCGUCGCCGUCGACUGGGUCGGCGAGAAGCUCUACGUGGCCGACUCGAUCGGCCAGAAAAUCGACAUCUUCGACUUAUACUCCGCGCAGCCGCAACGUCGCCACGCCAUAGUGUUGAGCUCGAACCUGACGAAUCCGGCGGAUAUCGCGCUCGACCCCACCGUUGGCUACAUGUUCGUGGCGGACAGUUCCCAGGUGCUCCGAGCGGACAUGGACGGCACCAACACGGUGUCCGUGGUGUCCGAGGCGGCUUACAAAGCGUCCGGCGUCGCCUUGGACCUGGUGGCGCGACGCGUCUACUGGUGCGACUCGCUCCUCGACUAUAUCGAGACCGUCGACUACGACGGCCGGAAACGUUUCCUGGUGAUACGCGGGCAGCAGGUGCCGAGUCCGUCGCGGCUCGCCGUGUUCGAGAACCGCGUGUACUGGACCGACGGCACCAAGCAGGGCGUCCUCUCCGUCGAUAAGUUCGAAACCGGUAGCAUCCAGUCCGUCUACCGCAUGAAGGACAUCAGGGACCCGAAGGCGAUCAAGGCGGUCCACCCGUUGAUCCAACGCCCCGCCCCCAACCCGUGCGGCACCAACAACGGCGGCUGCCAGCACAUGUGCGUCGUGACGCGCGCCACCGUCGGUCUCGGGUACCGGUGCGCGUGCAGCAUCGGUUACCGGCCGAGCCGGACCGCCCCCAACGACUGCGACCUCGUCGACGACUUCCUCAUGUACUCGCAGCAGAGGUUCAUCAAAGGCAAGGUCCUGGACCCCGUAGUCGACGGUUUCAACGACGCCAUCUUGCCGGUGGUGUCGCGCAGGGCCCGCUUUGUCGGCUUGGACUUCGACGCCGACGACGAGCACAUCUACUACUCGGACGUGCUCCAGGACGUCAUCUACAGGGUGCGCCGCGACGGCUCCUCCAAGGAGAUAGUGCUCGCGUCUCAGAACGAGGGCGUCGAAGGCUUGGCCGCCGAUUGGGCCGCCAAGAACCUCUACUACAUCGACAGCAGGAAGGGCACCCUGAACGUGUUGUCCACCAGGAAUGUGACUUACCGCAGGACGCUGCUGAAGAACCUGAAACGGCCCAGGGCGAUCGUCGUGCAUCCCAACAAAGGUUUCGUCUUCUUCUCGGAGUGGGACCGGCCGGCCAACAUCUCGAGGGCGUUCACCGACGGCACCAACCUCACGGUGUUCAAGAACCUAACCUUGGGCUGGCCGAACGGGCUGUCGAUCGACUUCGACACCGACCGGUUGUACUGGUGCGACGCGCUCCUCGACCACGUGCAGCACUCCAACAUGGACGGCGGCGACGUGAAAACCGUCAACUCGAGACUGAUCCGGCACCCGUUCAGCAUCGUCAUCUACCGCGAUCACAUGUACAUCACCGAUUGGCGCCUGGACGCCAUCGUCAAGCUGCACAAGCUGACCGGUGACGGGGAAGAGAUCCUGGUGCGCGAACCCCAAACGAACCGCCUCUACGGCGUCAAGAUCUACAGCCGCGCGGAGCAACGCAAAGACGUUACGCAUCCCUGCUACGUCGACAACGGCGGGUGUCGGAAGUUGUGCUUCGCGGUGCCCCGCGGCGACGGCGUCGCCGGUCUCGCGUCCAAAUGCGGCUGCCCGUACGGCGAGCGCCUCGACGACGACGGCAAGUCGUGCCGCGCCGACCCCAACCGAGAACCGCCGGUGCAAGCGUGCCCGAAUAGCUGGGACUUUACGUGCGCCAACCAGAGAUGCAUCCCCAAGUCCUGGGUGUGCGACGGCGACGACGACUGCCUGGAUAACAGCGACGAGGAGCAGAACUGCACCAAGCCGACGUGCGGCGGCAACGAGUUCCAGUGCAAGUCGGGCCGGUGCAUCCCGACGACGUUCAAGUGCGACGCCGAGAACGACUGCGGCGACUACAGCGACGAGACCGGCUGCGUGAACGUCACCUGCAGCGGCACGCAGUUCCGCUGCGAUAACGGGCGCUGCGUGCCCAACAGCUGGAAGUGCGACUCGGAGAACGACUGCGGCGACGGCAGCGACGAGGGCGACUCGUGCGCGGAGAAGACGUGCGCGUAUUACCAGUUCACGUGCCCGCGCACCGGCCACUGCAUCCCGCAGAACUGGGUGUGCGACGGCGACGACGACUGCUUCGACAAGCAGGACGAGCAGGACUGUCCGCCCAUCACCUGCAAGGCGAACCAGUUUAAGUGCGCCGACCUCAGGCAGUGCGUGCAGGAGGGUUACAAGUGCGACGGCAUCCCCGACUGCAACGACGGCAGCGACGAGCUCGGGUGCCCGCUGAUCCCGCCCGACCAGUGCAACGCGGAGAAGCAGUUCCAGUGCCAGGCGUCCGGCAUCUGCAUCCCCAAGUCUUGGCACUGCGACGGCACCCCGGACUGCGACGACCGCUCCGACGAGGCUUCCUGCGGCAACAUCGUCUGCCCGGCCAAUUUCUACGCGUGCAACAGCACCGAGUGCAUCUUCAAGGCGUACAUCUGCGACGGCAAGGUGGACUGCGAGGACGGUUCCGACGAGAGCGCCGCGCACGCGUGCAAGAAGCCCUUCAAGUGUCCGUCGGGACAGUGGCAGUGUCCCGGGGUGUCCGAACGCUGCGUGAACGUCACCCGAGUGUGCGACGGAGUACCCGACUGUCCCAACGGCUCCGACGAAGGUCCGGGUUGCGAUUUCGACCAGUGCGCGAAGCUGAAAGGGAUGUGCGCGCACAACUGCAAGCAGACGCCCGAGUCCACGAUCUGCUUCUGUCCCGUCGGCGAGCAGCUGUCCUCGGACGGCCUCGCCUGCGAGGACUACGACGAGUGCGACCCGCCGGGAGCGUGCUCCCAGACCUGCACCAACACCAAGGGCUCGUACUUCUGCGGCUGCGUGCCGGGCUACAUCCUCGAGCCGGACAAGCGCACCUGCAAGGCUUUCAAUCACUCGUCGGCGUUUUUGAUCAUCUCGAACCGACACUCGAUCUUGGUGGCCGACCUGCGCGACCAGGGCCUCGAGAGGGUGCCCAUAAUCGUGGAGAACGUGGUAGCGACGGCGUCCAACAUGCACACCGGCACCAUCUUCUGGUCGGACAUGAAACUGAAAAAGAUCUCGAAGCUGGACAGGAACGGCGCGCCGGUGGACAUCAUCUCCACCGGCCUCGACCUCGUCGAGGGCCUCGCCUACGACUGGAUCGGCGGCAACAUCUACUGGCUCGACUCGAAGCUCAACACGAUCGAGGUGGCGAAAGAGAACGGCCUCGACCGCAUCGUCCUCGUCAAAGAGAACAUCACGCAGCCGAGAGGCAUGUGCCUCGAUCCCAAACCGGGCGCCCGCUGGCUCUUCUGGACCGACUGGGGCGAGAACCCGCGCAUCGAGAGGGUCGGCAUGGACGGCACCGAACGUUCCGUCAUCGUCAACACGAAGAUCUACUGGCCGAACGGCCUAACCUUGGACACCACCACCGACCGGGUGUACUUCGCCGAUUCGAAACUCGACUUUAUCGACUUUUGCAACUACGACGGUACCGGCAGGCAGAAUGUGCUCGCCGGCAGUCAUUACCUCCUCCAUCCACACUCGCUGACCGUCUUCGAGGACACCCUCUACUGGACCGAUCGCCAACUGAACCGGGUGCUGUCGGCGCACAAGUUCCGCGGUAACAAUCAAACGGUGGUGUCGCACCUGAUCUCGCAGCCGCUCAGCAUCCACGUGCACCAUCCGUCGCUGCAGCCGGUAACGGAGAACCCGUGCGCGCGCGCGCCGUGCGAGCACAUCUGCCUCGCCUCUCCCGGCGCCUCCGCCGGUUACGCGUGCAGGUGCCGGGCCGGCUUCAAGCUUACGCCCGAAGGCCGGUGCGCCGAGGACGACGCGCCUUUCAUCAUGCUGAUGAAGGGCACCCAGAUCGUGGACCUCGCCUUGACGCCGGGCGACGUCUCCGUCGGCUCGGUCACGCCCGUCGUCGGCGUCGAAAACGGCAAGCAGAUCGAGUACGACAAAAAGACGGACACCGUGUAUUGGUUGGAGGCGAAAACCGACGACGAGGAUAACUGCACGUUGUGGUCGACGCCGCUCGGCGGAGGCAACAAGACCCGCGUGUUGGGCGCGGACACCGGCAUGGUCGGCGCCCCGUCUUCCAUCGCGUUCGACUGGCUCGGUCGCAACCUCUUCGUGGCGAAUCGCAUUGCGGGCAACUUCGAGGUGGUGCGGGUGGACGGUAAGAUCCGGUACCGCGCCGUGAUCCUCGCCAACGAUGGGAACCACACGUCGGUGGCGAAGCCCCGGGCCAUCGCUUUGGACCCCGCCGACGGUAAACUCUUCUGGACCGACGAGGGCGGCUACGGGGUGCCGCAGAAGGUUGGCAAGGUGAACAUGGACGGGUCGGGGGCGGUGGUGCUCGUCGACGACGUCGACCGUCCCGAAGCCAUCGCCGUCGACGUCGAAACCAAGACGGUUUACUUCAGCACGCAAUUCCCGCCGCUGGUGCAGAGCAUGGACGCCUUCGGCGGCAAGCGGACGACCAUCUUGUCGGAGGCGAACUACAUCUCGCUGCCCAAGGCCUUGGCGGUGAUGGGCUCGCGCCUCUACUACCUAGACCCGCACUACGAGAAGCUCGUCCAGGUGGCGCUGCCGUCGGGUGGUAACCCGAAGACCCUCCUCGAGAACGAGCCCGACUUGAAGACCUUCACCAUAUUCCGGAAACGACCGUUCGUCGACCACCCGUGCGCCGUCGGCAACGGCGGCUGCGACCAGAUCUGCAUCCCGGGGGAGGGCAGGUCGCGGUCGUGCGCCUGCGGCGUCGGCUACAGGCGCAACGACGCCAACGGCUGCUCGCCGUAUAUCACUUUCGCCGUCGUGACGCAGCUGGACGUGGCGCGCGGCUACAGCCUCAAGGACAGCUCGGAGGCGAUGGUGCCGAUAUCCGGCCUCGGCCAUCACAUCCUCCACGUGGAGGUGCACUACGCGGAAAACUGGAUCUACUGGGCCGAGUUCAACCGCGGAUUCUGGAACGGCGUGUUCAGGGUGCGACCCAACGGUACCGACCUCCAACAAGUGGUCAAGGAGGGUAUCGGGAGCAACGGAGUGAGAGGGUUGACCGUGGACUGGAUCGCGGGCAAUCUCUACUUUACCAACGUGUUCCCUCACGAGAACUACCUGGAGGUGGCGCGACUCGACGGCUCGCACCGCAAGGUGCUGGUGAAGACGACGACGGACGCGCCGCGCGAGCUUGCCGUCAACCCCAUCAAGAGGAUCCUCUACUGGAUCGAUUACGGACAGUACCCGAGAAUCGGGCGCGCCUACCUCGACGGUACCGGUUGGACGCCGCUCGUGACGUCGGGAAUCAGUAACCCGCGAGACCUGACCGUCGACGCGAUCACCCACGACGUGUACUGGGUCGACUCGAAGCUGGAUACGAUCCAGAGGAUCUCUUACAACGGCGGCAACCGCCAGGUGGUGCGACGCAACCUGCCCAACCCGAUGGGCGUCGCCGUCUACAAGGGCGACGUCUACUGGGUCGAUAGGAACCUGCGGGCGGUGUUUAAGGCGUCCAAGGUGCCCGGAAACGUGUCGGUGCCGACGCGGGUGCGCACCAAUCUGGAAAAAUUGCGCGACAUCGCCAUCUUCGACGUGACGACGCAGCCCGCCGACGAGUCGAACCCCUGCGGCAGGUUCGGCAACGGCGGCUGCGAACAAUUGUGUUUCGCUUAUCCCGCGGAGGUCGUGACCUCGAACAAGAAGCCCGCGUACGCGUGCGGGUGCGCCACCGGCAACGUCUCCAGCGACGGUCGCAAGUGCGAGUCCGUGAACGAGUACCUCGUGUUCUCGACCCGCACGGAGGUGAGGGCCGUGAGCCUCGACCCCCGUUCCACCGACGUCCCGUUCGCCCCCGUCGGCAACCUCACCAACGUCGUCGGCAUCGACUUCGACUACAAGAACCGCCGUCUCAUCUUCACCCAAAUCAGACCGUGGGCCCGUAUAGCGAGCAUGCCCGCCGCGGCGCCCGACUCCAAAUCGAUCGUUAACAUCAAAAACAAGGGCGUGAACCCGGAAGGCGUCGCUUACGACUGGACCCAGCGCAAAAUCUAUUGGACCGACUCGUCGAACCGGAGCAUCUACGCGAUGAACCUCGACGGCACCGAGCUCGUGAUGAUCACCAGGGUCGAACGUCCGCGCGCCAUCGUCGUCGACCCUUGCAACGGCACCCUCUUCUACACCGACUGGGGCAAGUUCGGCACGUCGGGCAAGAUACUGCGCACCACGAUGGCCGGCUCGUUGAAACGCGUCGUCGUCGACAAGGACCUCGCGCAGCCCAGCGGUUUGGCGAUCGACUUCGACGAGCAGAUGCUCUACUGGACCGACGCGGUCCGCGAAAAGAUCGAACGCUCCGAUCUCGACGGUCAGAAACGCGAGGUCCUCGUAACGGCCACCAUUUACCCCUUCUCGAUAACCGUUUACGGCGACUACAUGUACUGGACGGACCUGCAACUGCGCGGCGUCUACCGCGCGGAGAAACACACCGGCGCCGGCAUGGUCGAGAUGGUGAAGAGGCUCGAGGACAGUCCGAGAGAUAUCCAAGUGUACGCGGCCACUCGGCAACGUUGCGACGCGAAUCCCUGCGCGGUAAAUAACGGAGGCUGCGCGCAGAGCUGCCACCCGGCGCCGAACGCCACGGUCGAGUGCAGGUGCGACGACGCGACGAAGCUGGUCAACGACGGACGCAUGUGCGUCGCGAAGACGCUCAGCUGCGACGCGAGCAAGUUUUACUGCGCGAACGGCAAGUGCGUGUCGAAGAUGUGGGCGUGCGACGGCGAGGACGACUGCGGCGACGGCAGCGACGAGGACGUCAACUACUGCGCGUACCAUUCGUGCUCGCCGAACGAGUUCCGGUGCAACAACGGCCGUUGCAUCUUCAAGUCAUGGAAGUGCGACCACGAGAACGACUGCAAGGACGGCAGCGACGAGGAGGGUUGUUCGUACCCGCCGUGCGCGACGGGCGAGUUUACGUGCGCGAACCGACGCUGCAUCCCGAUGGUCCAGGUCUGUAACGGCGUCAACGACUGUAAGGACAACGUCACCUCCGACGAGACUCACGAGCGUUGCCCCCACAACACCACGUGUCCCCCCAAACACCUCAAGUGCGAGAACACGAACAUCUGCGUCGAACCUUAUUGGCUGUGUGACGGGGACAACGAUUGCGGCGACAACAGCGACGAGAACCCGCUUCAUUGCGCGCAGAGGACCUGCCCGCAGAACAGUUUCCGAUGCUCGAACCAUCGAUGCAUACCGGCGACCUGGUACUGCGACGGCGACGACGACUGCGGCGACGGCGCCGACGAGCCGCCGGAAUACUGCAAAAGCGACGGCCGCACCUGCUUCGGCGACCUCUUCACCUGCGACAACGGCAACUGCGUGCCUCGCAUCUACAUCUGCGACGGCGACAACGACUGUCUGGACAACAGCGACGAGGACGCCCGUCACGAAUGCAACGACCGUAAGUGCGACGAGGAGACCGAGUUCACGUGCGAGGCGAACAAAGCGUGGGGCAGGGCGCAGUGCAUCCCGCGGAAGUGGCUCUGCGACGGCGACCCGGAUUGCAUCGACGGCGCCGACGAGAACGCGACCCUCCACCGGUGCGCUUCGCCGCAGCCCUGCGGCGAAGAUCAGUUCACCUGCGGCAACGGCCGGUGCAUCAACAAGGGUUGGCUCUGCGAUCACGACAAUGACUGCGGCGACGGCACCGACGAGGGCAAAGAGUGCAACGCGCGUUACAAGACGUGCGCUUCCAACGAGUUCACGUGCCAGAACUUCAAGUGCGUGCGCGGCCAGUACCGUUGCGACGGCGAAGACGACUGCGGCGACCGUUCCGACGAGGUCGGCUGCACCAAGGACAACGCCACGUGUCCCGACCCGGGCCAAUUCCGCUGCCUCAACGGCCAAUGCAUCGACUACCACCUGGUGUGCAACAAGGUGCCCGACUGCGGCGACGAGUCCGACGAGCCCGCGCACUGCAACAUCGACGAAUGCGCCAAGGUCGAGAUCCACCAGUGCGGCCACAAGUGCGUCGACACGCCCACCGGCUACUACUGCGAAUGCAACCGCGGCUACAAGCUCCUCGCCGACGGCAAAGCGUGCGCGGACGUCGACGAGUGCGUCGAGACGCCCGGCGUCUGCUCUCAGCACUGCUCCAACACUCCCGGCGGGUACUAUUGCAAGUGCGACGAGCAGUACUACGAGCGCGAACCCGACGAGCACACCUGCAAGCGCAAGGACAACACCCGCCCGUGGCUCGUCUUCACCAACAAGUACUACAUCCGCAACAUGUCGGUCGACGCGACCGUCUACAACCUCGUGCACCAGGACCUGCUGAACGUCGUCGCGCUCGACUUCGACUACGCCGCCCAGAAGAUGUACUUCUGCGACGUAGGCGCCAAGACCAUCUUCAGGUCGACGAUAGGGACGGGCGAGCGCGAGCCCGUCGUCCGCCACGACUCGCACGGCUUGGAGGGCAUCACCGUCGACUGGGUCGGCCGGAAACUCUACUGGCUCGACCGCCACUCGAAGAACCUCGACGUCGCGGAGCUGGACGGCACCAGCCGCAAGACCCUCAAGACGAGCAUCGCGGAUCCGCGCGCGAUAGUCGCGCACCCGGGUACCGGUUACCUCUACUUCACCUCUUGGCACCUGCAGGCCUACGUCGGCAAACUCGGCAUGGACGGGUCGAACUUCACCCGGAUCCUCACCUGGAACGACGACAUCGCGUGGCCCAACGCCCUCGCGUUGGACUUCUUCACCGACCGCCUCUACUUCGCGGACGCGCACCUGGACUACGUCGCCUUCACCGACCUCGAGGGCCGUCACCGGCACGUGGUGCUCUCCGGUAACGCGGUGCCCCACGUGUUCGCGCUCACCCUCUUCGACGACCGCGUGUACUGGACCGACUGGAACCUGAAGGCGGUCAGCGCGGCCAACAAAUUCGACGGUUCGGAGCUGCGGGUGCUGCGCAACACCACCCACAAACCGUACGACAUCCACGUGGUGCACCCGCUGCGGCAACCUCCGUACCCGAACCCGUGCGGCGACGACAACGGCGGCUGCUCCCACCUGUGCCUGCUGGCCCCGCCCCUCGGCGACGAGGAGGGUCGCACGACGUACCGAUGCGCGUGUCCGAACCAGUUCUACCUCGCCAACGACCGCAAGACGUGCGUGGCCAAUUGCACCGACGGGCAAUGGCGGUGCGGCGGCGCGGACGACAAGUGCAUCCCGUGGUUCUGGAAGUGCGACGGCGAGAAGGACUGCGGCGACGGUUCCGAUGAGCCGAACACGUGUCCGCCCCGUCAGUGUCGUAACGGGACGUUCCAGUGCGCGAACAACAACUGUACACCGUCGGCGACGAUCUGCGACGGCGCCGACGACUGCGGCGACGGUAGCGACGAGGCCGGCUGCGACCGCGAGUGUCCCGAACUCGAGACCAAGUGCCGUUCGAACGGGCGCUGCAUCUUGAACAGCUGGAGGUGCGACGGCGAGGCCGAUUGCAAGGACCGCAGCGACGAAGACCCCCAGGUGUGUCACAAUCGCGCGUGCGAUCCGGAGACGGAGUUCGCGUGCAAAAACGGCCGCUGCAUCCCGACGCUGUGGACGUGCGACUUCGACAACGACUGCGGCGACGAUUCCGACGAGCCGGCGUACAUGUGCCGUCAGAAGAACUGCACCACCGGGUGGCAGAGGUGUCCCGGCCGGGCCAAUUACCGUUGCAUACCGCGUUGGUUGUUUUGCGACGGCAAAGACGACUGCCGCGACAAUUCGGACGAGCUGCCGGAGAACUGCCCCGCGUGCGACCGCGACACCGACUUCCGGUGCGCGAACAACAGGUGCGUGCCGCGACAGUGGCGGUGCGACUUCGCGGACGACUGCGGCGACGGCAGCGACGAGCUCGAGGAGAUGUGCAAGGGCGCGUACAGGGAAUGCUCCGAGUCGGAGUUCCGAUGCGGCAACGGCAAGUGCGUGUCGUCGAGGUGGCGCUGCGACCACGAGGACGACUGCGGCGACGGCAGCGACGAGCGCGGCUGCAGCGGCUUUCAGUGUAAACCGGAUUCCUUCCAAUGCGAUUCCGGUCACUGUGUCGCCGCUUACCUGCGCUGCGACGGCGACCGCGACUGCCUCGACAUGUCCGACGAGCGCGACUGCCCGCCCAAGUACCCGGGCGGACGGUACUGCCCCGAAUCGCGGUUCCAAUGCGACAAUCACCUGUGCAUAGACCAGGCGGACCUGUGCGACGGCGCCGACGACUGCCGCGACGGCAGCGACGAGUCGCCGUCGCUCUGCGACAACUUCAACUGCGACUCGCUCAAGCGGUACCAGUGCGGCAACCGCAGGUGCAUCCCCAGGUACCAGCUGUGCGACGGCGUCGACAACUGCGGUGACGGCACCGACGAGAACAACAUGACCCUGUGCGCGACCAAGACGAAACCCUGCGACGCCGUCGCCGAGUUCAAGUGCGCCAACUCCCGCUGCGUGGACCGCAAGCGCGUGUGCGACUUCGCCGACGACUGCGGCGACAGCAGCGACGAGCUCGGCUGCCACCACAACAACGUCUGCUCGGAUUCGACCCGCGGCGGCUGCGAACACACCUGCACCAACCUCACCGGCGGCGGUUACAUCUGCGCCUGCUUCUCCGGCUUCAUCAUCUCCAAGGACAACCGCAAGGUGUGUCUCGAUAUCGACGAGUGCGCGACCGGCACCCACCGGUGCUCCCAGCUCUGCGCCAACCUGAACGGCACGUACGCGUGCUCGUGUCGCGACGGCUUCGCCCUCUCCGACGGCCUGUCGGGCGUCUGCAAGGCGGUGAAAGAAGACGCUCGGCUUAUAUUCGCCAACGGACCCGAGAUCCGCGCCCUCGCCCUCAAGGGAGACGACGAGACGAGCGUCGUCAGCGACGAAAAGCGGAUCGAGGCUCUCGACUACAACCCGUUGACCCAGAUGGUGUUCUGGGCGGACAGCUACGACAAGACGAUCAAGAGGAGUUACUUGGUGGACGCCCUCGACGGCCAAGUCAAGGCGGGAUACGCGCAGGACCUGGAGACCAAGGGCAGCUCGAAACCGACCGCCAUCGCGUGCGACUGGCUCGCGGAGAACCUCUACUGGACCGAGACCGAGAGGGCGGGGUCGAAACCCAAGGGGAGAGUUAUGGUGGCGAAAACGGACGGCCGGUACCGCAGGGCGUUGGUGAACGUCGGCUUGGAGAGUCCGACGUCGUUGGUCGUCGACCCGCAGAUCGGCAGGAUGUUCUGGGCCGAUUCCGGCUCCGCCCCCAAGAUCGAGGUGUCGUGGAUGGACGGGUCGAAACGUCGACCGUUGAUCACCGACGAGAUCAGGCAUCCCGCCGGUCUGACGGUCGACUACGCCAUGGGUCACGCCCUGUUCUGGGCCGACACCAAGCUCAACACCAUCGAGACGAUGCGGUACGACGGUUCCAACCGGAAAAUCGUCCUGCGCGGCGAGAACCUGAAGCAUCCCGUGUCGCUCGACGUGUUCGAGAAUCACCUCUUCUGGAUCACCAAGGAUACCGGCGAGAUCGUCAGGCAGGACAAGUUCGGCAGGGGGGUCCAGGUCACCGUGCAGCGGGACCUGCUGAACCCGUCCGGCGUCAAAGUUCUCCACGAGUCCCGGUACAACACCUCGCUGCCCAAUCCCUGCGCGUCGAACCAGUGCUCCCACCUGUGCCUGGCGGUGCCGAACGGGCACCGUUGCGCGUGUCCCGACUCGCAGGCGACGCCGUCGCACAAGAGCAAGGCGGAGAUCGUGUGCGACGCGCCGACGGAGCCGCCGCGCGCCCUGCCCCAGGUCUGCCGCUGCGAGAACGGCGGCGUCUGCAGGGAGAGCGACCUGGACGGUCUCGAGUGCGACUGUCCCGAGCACUACGAAGGGCGGUACUGCGAAGCGAGGGCCGCCCAAGGCACCGACGGACCCGGCGCCGCCGCCACCGCCGUCGUCGUCCCCGUCGUCGUGAUACUGUUGAUCCUGGGCGCCGCGACGGGCGUCUGGUUCUUCAUCAGGAAGCGGCCUUUCGGGAAAGGUCUGGGGGGCCUCGCGGGCAGCCAGAGCGUGUCCUUCCGUCAGGGGAGCAACGUGGAAUUCGGGCCGCCGACGGGGACGGCGCCCGAGCCGCUCGACGUCGCGUACAGCCUCGACCCCGUCGGACGGAAGAGUCGCGACUUCCACAACCCCAUGUACGACCACGUGCAAAACAACCCGGACGCGUUGGGCAACGGCGGAGGCGGCGCCGUCUACGAGGUGCCCGGAGAGGCGGCGAAGGCGGAGCCGAGCAGCGCGGUGCUCGCGCCGUCGAGCGUGACGCAGAAGACGUCGCCGAAGGUCCGGCACCGGGAGCUCGAGCCCGCGCGUUACGACUCCGGCAAGGACACGCAGAAGCUCGUCGAAGAGGACUGCUGAUGCGCGCGCGUCCAUUUUAUUUAUUCACGCCGGGCGGUGGAGGAGGGCGACGCGGAGCGAGGGACCUGGGGGGACUGUUUCGAGUGCCAUCUGCCGGAGGAAGUGCGAGUCCUCACCGCCCCGGACUGUAUAUAGCUGUUUUUACUGA